AAGCACAGCAACCUCCAUGUGCUUUGACCUGAAACCCUAGCUCAUCCCUGAAGAGAAGGACAACAUGGUGGGGAACAUGUUGCUCCAGGGAGCCAAGGAGGUGCCUUGGUUAGUAUGUGAUCAGGUUUAACAGCAGCAUAAUCUCAACUCUCUAUCUUGAUGCUGAUCUCUAUCUUGAUGCUAUCAGCCUCAAGCAUAGAUCUUUGGUGCAUUGGGAAAAGGGUCACAAGACAAUAGCAACGCAACAGCUCAUUGCUUCUCCCAAUAAGUCUGAACCUCACUACAUUUAUUGUUCCUGAAGCAAGAAUUCCCUUUCCCUCUUCACUUCUCCAAAUGCUCCUCCUCUUCAGCCUCUCUUCUUGGGCAUUUGCUAUACCUGCUGAGGUUCCGGCAUUGGGGACUUGUGGUUUCUAUCUGUGGCCGCAUCCGUUUUUCUUCCCUGUUCCACUGAGAAAAUAGAUUUAAGGGGAAGAGAACACCUCUCUUUCUCUCUUGUGUGUAUGUGGGCUCAAAGUUGGACUUGGGCUUCUUCAAAUCUAAAUCUUCAACCAUCUCAGCUGGGCACUUCUCCUUCGAACCAGGAUCUGAAGAAUGAGGAAGCAUGGGUGGCAGCUUCCCUAUCAUCCUCUUCAGGUGGUAGCAAUAGCUGUUUUUCUUGCGCUGGGGUUUGCUUUCUAUGUGUUCUUUGUCCCAUUUGUUGGGAAGAAGCUGUUUCAGUAUGUAGUAAUGGGGCUUUACACUCCCCUGAUUGCAUGUGUUUUCUUCUUAUAUGUGUGGUGUGCGGCAACGGAUCCUGGUGACCCUGGUAUAUUCAAAUCAAAGAAGUAUCUUAAAGUAGAGGACUACAAAGAACGAUUUGUUUCCAAAGAGUGUAAGCAAGAAGGCUUAACAAAGGAGCUAAAUGUUGAAACAACUGCCGAAAAGCAACUUGAUGGGAGCAUUGAUUCAGAUGCUGCUAGGGAUGAGUUACAUUCUAGAGUUGAAAGUGAGAGAUUGCCUGGCAGCACUAUAACUUGGUUGGUAGUACUUUUUAGCUGGUGUGGUCUGUCUUUUAUGUGCAAUUGGUGUCAGUCACAUGAGCAGUCUUCUGAAGAGCAAAUGAGUGAGGAAGGAAUGUUUUACUGCAGUCUAUGCGAAGUUGAGGUAUUGAAGUAUAGUAAGCACUGUAGAGUUUGUGACAAAUGUGUUGAUGGCUUCGAUCAUCACUGCAGGUGGAUCAACAACUGCAUAGGAAGAAAAAACUAUAAAAGGUUCUUCACCCUAAUGGCGUCUGCUCUUCUCUUGCUUAUUCUGCAGUGGUCAAUUGGACUCCUUGUGUUGAUACUCUGCUUCCUUGAGCGAAAGCGAUUCUCUGCAGAAAUCAUCUCAAAGUUGGGAAGCAGCUUCUCUUUGGUGCCCUUUGUUAUUGUGGUGGCUUCCUGUACUUUCUUAGCCAUGGUUGCGACCCUACCAGUUGCACAACUUUUCUUCUUUCACAUUCUUCUAAUAAAAAAGGGAAUUAGUACAUAUGAUUACAUCAUAGCUUUAAGGGAGCAGGAGCAGGAGCAAGAACAACAUGCUGUUGGAGAACAGCAAAGUCCACAAAUGUCUCAAGUAAGCUCUUUUACUGGACUAAGCAGCACCAGUUCCUUCAACGUGAUUCAUAGAGGUGCAUGGUGUACUCCACCAAGAUUAUUCCUCGAGGAUCAGUUUGAUGUUGUGCCCCCAGAGAUUGGCACAUCUGCAAGUCACACAAGCAAGAAGUUGAUGGCAGAGGAACCAGUCAAGAGGAAAAAUGCUGGACCUGUCAAGAUCAGUCCAUGGACCCUUGCAAGACUUAAUGCCGAAGAGGUUUCAAAAGCUGCUGCACAGGCAAGGAAGAAGUCCAAAAUCCUUCAGCCAAUUGUUAGACGAGAUAAUCUGCAGGGACAAGACACAGAGAGUAGUCUCGGCAGUGGCAGUGGCAGAAUGGUUCUGAGAUCCGAUAACCGUAGGCGGAUGAACAAAAGAGGAAGAGUUCCGUUGGACCUUCCUCUUGAAUCUCUAGCGAAAAUAUCUGCUAGCGCAACUGAGAGUAAUGCCAGCGAUCUGGCUCCCGAGACAUCCACCGGUUUGGCACCUCUGCAGCUUGAAGCCAGGAGUGCUUUUCGACCCAACAAGCCAAUGCCAUCAGCUAGAGUUGUUGCUUCUUCUCCUGAUAGUAGUUUAGACUCACCUGAUCUGCAUCCAUUUCGCGAUUCUUCAUCCGGAGCUGAGGAAGCACAAGGUCUCAAUUCUAUUUCUAUCACAGGCAUCAUUCCACCGAACGGAAUUCAGCGCUCGAGAUCUGCCAGUGAUGGGUAUGAAGCAUCUGGGGGCGAAGACAGUGACCGGAUCCCAUCUAGGAUCGUGCACAGGUCAUCCAAUUGGGCUAGCAUUGUCCUCAGCUCCGAACAUAGUCAGAUUGCAGAUGAUAUGAAGGCCUCAUCCUCUGCAAGCUUGCUCUAGACCUGCAGAAAUGCGGCAACCAGGUCGAAAUUUACUUUGGUUUUCCUCUGACUGGAUGUAAGGAUUGAAAAUGGUCGAUGAACAAUUGCUGACCAUUUGAGUUUCUUAAUCUACAAAUGGCUGGAAACUGCAAAGCUGGAAUUUGUUUCUCCACAAGAAAUGUUUUGCUUGGAUUGUAAUGGUGCCACUUUGGCACGUACUUGUGUUACAGCACAUACUAAA